AUGUUGCUUCCAGUUCCAGGGUCAAAGUCCUGCCUGAUAAGUCCCGAGAACGAAGUUUGUGGAGAAGCUGGUUCCGGGCAUCGCGGGUCGUUGCGCGGCGCAAAUAAGCUAGCUCGCCGCGCGCGCUCCUUCAAAGACGACCUACUCGAGCGCAUCUCUAACAUGCGAUCACCGGCCCAGGCUCACCAUCCUCCUCAUCUCUCGUCCGCAAUGAGAUCCCACUCCCCACUUAGUCCGAAACUUCGGAACAUGGGGCCUAAAUCUGUUACCGUCGAGGAGGGUGAAGUUACGCCCGCCAAAGAAUUGGAACGACUAGUCAAAGAGGUUACAUUUGGCCUAAAGCAUUUCUCCGAUGUAAUUACAAAGCGGAAACUGGAAAUGUUGCCAGACAACGGUACGAUUGUGUUCGAAUCAAUCGCAAACAUACACAAAGCAAUAAAGCCGUACUGCAGCCGAUCACCACAGCUAACUAGUGCAGUGAAGAGGCUCUGCACGGCGUUGGCUAUGCUGAUCCGCCUAUGUGAUGAAGUCACAGCAGUUAGUUUACGUGCGGACGCUACUAACGAAGAGUUGGAUACUUCGGCGGCAGCACUGUCGCCGGAGCACGUGAGCUCAGUAGUAAAAGGAGUUACUGCUGCCGUCGAGGAGGUGGCAGCCCUUGCGCAACAACACAUGACGCGACCAGCUCUGUCGCCUAGGCCGCCUCUCGUGUCUCCGAGGUCUUCGACGCAACGGAAUUCCUUGCCUGAUAUCCCUCUAACGCCAAAAGAACGUUCGCUUUUAACCGGCGAAACGGGCAAUGAACCGAGUGGAGUUCGAGCCUCGCAUUCGUCAGAGUCAGUUUUGGAUGCUCCCGACUCACCGCCUCCUAAACCAGCCAGGCCUAUUAGGAAAAUCGAGUUGGCUCCACCUCUGCCGCCAAAGCGCAAGUCUGCGAACGAUAACUCCUUGUUAGCCCUGUCCAUUGACAGAUUGUCACUACAAUCUCACAGCAGCGGUUCACUAGACUCCAUGCUGAAUGUAUCCAACGAUGAAGACAGAAAUGCACAUGAUUCGAUCAACCAUGAUCAAGUUUUCGCCACACCCCCUAAUUCAGAUUUAGUUGGUAUGUGCAGUUGUAACAGUGCUAAUGAAAUACGAGCUUCAAUGGAGUCGCAAGAGAUGCACAUUAACAAUGUGCAUGCACACUCAAACCACAAUCGCUUUUCCAACGAAUCUGGCUUCGUGUCGGUGGGCCACUCUGAAAUAUCCACAGAACACAGCUUCACCUCAACAUUCUCGGCUCAGCACUACUCUAGCCACACGGACAGUACUUUUGAAAGUACAGACUAUGUGAGCGAAGUGAAGUGCACACUGCAAAGCUUUGAGAGCCGCAUGAAUGUUAUCAAUAUGAACAGUGUAACCUCGCACCAUUCAUCAAAAUUGGCUAGUAUCACAUCGGACGAGAGUGAGACUCCGCCCGAGCUGCCAGUGAAGACUCGGCGCAAUAUACGCGCUGAUGUACAGCAACACUUCCCAACAGUCGAGAUCCGACAAAGCCCGGCGUGCUCGCUGCACGGCGACGCGCGGCCGCACACGCUGGCCGACCACCACCCGCCGCGCCCGCCGCCGCUGCCGCUCAAGAAGAAACACAUGUUCCAAAGCGUCGCAUACAGUGUUAUGGCAUAUAUGGAGAUGUUUGGGAACUGCAGCCACCCGCCGAACAGUGUCGCCGCUCCGCCCGAUAUGUUUCGGCAUUCGAUUCAUACUUACAACUUAGCCAGUGGCCAACACACUGCGGGCGGCACCGUAAACGUACAACGUCAUCAACAAGUGCAGCGAUCCAUUGCUCAAUCCUUCACAGUUCAGCAUUUUGGUACUGCUCCUCCUCUCAGUGGUUCAGACGAGAGCAUGAUAAAAACUUCGACCGGAACCAGUCCCGUACCACAUGAACCACCGGCGCUGCCACCAAAAAUGAACAAAAACAAACAGGUCUCAGUGAACUCGAGCAAUGAACUAUUACCUCCGCCAUCACCGCGGCCUUCCUCACACAACAGUUCUACCGACGAGUCACUUAUGAACAAUGUGAGUUCAGACGAUUUAUACCUGUGUCCGUCGUCACCGGGCAAAUUUCCCCUCGAAGAUGAGUUGGAGAAUAUGGUGCAGCAGCCAAUGCCUUCUCCAGUACCUUCUCAGAGGAGCGUAAGCAGUAGCGAGCCAACAGUCGCAACAGUGGAAUCCACCACUACAACGCCAGCUGACUCUGAGGACAUCAUUUUACAAACCGAUAUCAGUCAGUGGCUGUUACUAAAGACACCUGCCAAAGAUGGGCCUGAAGUGCGGGGCGGACAUCCUGACGCACUUAUCGUGCUUGCCACAAAAGCUACCAAAGACUUCGCGUACCAGGAGGCGUUCCUGGCGACGUACCGUACGUGGGUGGCGCCGCGCGCGCUUGUGGCGCGGCUGGCGCGGCGUGCGCACCACCUGCGCGCGCGCACGCAUGACCUGCGCUCCACGCUCGCGCUGCUCACGCGCAUCGUCGCCGACCUCACGAUGGCCGAUUUGGAUCGUCCAUUAAUGCAAGAGAUAAUGGAGUUCAUCUAUUGGCUAGUCGACGCUGAAGAAUUGCCUAUAGCGAAGGCAUUAAGACAAAUACUCGUUGAUAAACAGAAGCAGUUGCAUUUCCAACAAACUAAUAACAGAUACGAGUAUGACACGCCGUGCUACGGCUCCGUGUCUUUACGUCGCGACACGCUCCUGGACUUCAAAGCGUCGGAGUUGGCGGAGCAGAUGACGUUAUUGGACGCGGCGUUGUUCGUCCGUAUCACGACUGCCGAAGUGCUAUCGUGGCCACGGGACCAGUCAGAGGAGAGCUCCCCCAAUCUCACCAGAUUCACUGAACACUUUAAUAAAAUGAGCUACUGGGCCCGCUCAAGAAUCUUAGAACAAGAAGAAGCUAGAGAGCGAGAGAAGUACGCAAGCAAAUUUCUCAAAGUGAUGAAGGCCUUGCGGAAGAUGAAUAACUUCAAUUCGUACCUAGCUCUGGUGUCCGCUUUAGACUCCCCUCCGGUGCGACGGCUGGGCUGGCCACGCACCAUUGUCGAUACGUUACACGAUCAUUGUGCUCUCAUCGACUCCUCAAAGUCCUUCAGCGCGUACAGAAAUGCACUUGCUGAGACUCAGCCGCCUUGUAUACCUUAUAUUGGUCUAGUCCUACAAGAUCUGACUUUUGUUCACAUCGGUAACCCUGAUCUAUUGCCUGAUGGUAGUAUUAAUUUCACCAAAAGAUGGCAGCAGUAUCAAGUUAUGGAGAGUAUGAAGAGGUUUCACAAAGAACAGUACAAGUUCAAGAAGAACGAGCGCAUCCAAGCAAUGUUCAACGGGUUCGACGACGUUCUGAGCGAGGAGGCGAUGUGGCAGGUGUCGGAGAGCAUCAAGCCGCGCGGCGGCCGCUCGCGCAACGCGUCCGCGCCCUCCCCGCCCGCGCCCGCCCCUGCGCACGCGCCAGCGCCCGCGCAUGCGCAGACCGCUGCAUGA